GAAUGGGAUAUGAGGGACUGAUGAGAAAGCGUACUGACGAUUACUUUAACGAAGGAGAGGCCCUCUUCUACAAAUCUAGUCGAUUUACCAUUGUAGAAAGCAAUACCUACUCCAUGGCUGAACUAGCAAAUAAGGAAGUUGAUGAAGGGGUGGACCCUUCACAACAGGAGGCCAUCAAGGGGUACCUAAAUCGUCCCGAUGUAAUGGUCUUGGUCAAGCUUCAGUGUAAUAGAACUGGACAGAUCCUUACUGUAGGAAAUAUCCAUGUCCACUGGGGCAGAAUCAGAGUGGAAGAUGUAAAGUGCAUACAGAUUGCAUGUGCCAUUAAAGAGGUAGUUAAUAAGGCAGGGAGUGACAUGAACCCCCAUAUUAUAUGUGGGGACUUUAACUCGGAGGUGACCAGCCCGGGUUAUCAGCUGUGUACAGAGAGAUACCUGUCUGAUGCCUGCAUUCAACAACUCCAGUCACUGGAGAAUUUACAAUUCCAGGAUGGAUCAAAAUCAUCAUUAAUCAACACAUUGUGGAGGGCAUUUCAGCAUACAUCCAGCAGUAUGAAAAGUGCAUAUAAAGCUGCUCAGGGUAGAGAACCACAUCUGACCACCUUCCGGAAAGCUGUGGACUAUGUUUUCUUCAGUUCUAACUGUCUGGACAAUGUGGGGGUACUGGAGGUGGCACCGGAGGAGGCCAUCACCCAGACGGGGGGAAUCCCCGACCAAAUGUUCCCAUCAGACCAUGUAUCAAUCAAGGCCGCUUUCUCAUUCAGAUAAACAACAUCUGUAAGUUUUCUCAGCCAAUGAAAUG